UGGGCAGAGGGGCGGGGGUUGGGAAGAUGGCGGCUCCCAGCCUCCUGAACUGGAGGCGGGUUUCCUCCUUCACGGGGCCGGUCCCCCGCGCCCGGCACGGACACCGGGCCGUGGCCAUCCGGGAGCUGAUGAUCAUCUUUGGAGGGGGCAACGAGGGCAUCGCGGACGAGCUACACGUCUACAACACCGUUACCAAUCAGUGGUUCCUACCAGCUGUUAGAGGAGACAUCCCUCCAGGCUGCGCUGCCCAUGGAUUUGUCUGUGAUGGUACCAGAAUAUUAGUAUUUGGGGGAAUGGUUGAAUAUGGAAGAUACAGCAAUGAGUUAUAUGAGUUACAAGCAAGUCGUUGGUUAUGGAAGAAAGUGAGACCCCAGCCCCCUUCUUCUGGUUUACCUCCUUGUCCUCGGCUUGGACAUAGCUUUUCUUUAUAUGGUAACAAAUGUUAUUUGUUUGGUGGCCUGGCAAAUGAAAGUGAAGAUUCAAACAAUAAUGUUCCCAGAUACUUAAAUGAUUUCUAUGAGUUGGAACUACAACAUGGGUCUGGUGUUGUGGGUUGGAGUAUUCCAGUGACUAAAGGGAUUGUGCCUUCUCCAAGAGAAUCCCACACAGCCGUUAUAUAUUGCAAAAAAGAUUCUGGAAGUCCUAAAAUGUAUGUUUUUGGGGGAAUGUGUGGUGCUCGCCUGGAUGACCUAUGGCAACUUGAGUUAGAAACUAUGGCAUGGUCAAAACCAGAGGCUAAAGGGACAGUGCCACUUCCACGAAGCCUUCACACAGCCAAUGUUAUAGGAAACAAGAUGUACAUUUUUGGUGGAUGGGUUCCACAUAAGGGGGAAAAUAUUGAGACUUCACCUCAUGAUUGUGAAUGGAGAUGUACUAGUUCAUUUUCUUACCUAAAUCUAGAUACAGCAGAGUGGACUACCCUAGUAUCAGAUUCUCUGGAAGAUAAGAAAAAUUCAAGACCAAGACCAAGAGCUGGACACUGUGCUGUUGCAAUUGGCACUCGAUUAUAUUUUUGGAGUGGAAGAGAUGGCUACAAAAAAGCAUUGAAUAGUCAAGUUUGCUGUAAGGAUCUUUGGUAUCUUGAUACUGAGAAACCACCAGCACCCUCACAAGUACAACUGAUCAAAGCCACUACCAACUCUUUUCAUGUCAAGUGGGAUGAAGUGCCUACAGUUGAGGGCUAUCUUUUGCAGUUGAAUACAGACUUGCCGUACCAAGCUGCAUCAUCAGAUUCUUCAGCAGCACCAAAUAUUCAAGGAAUCAUGAUGGACCCUCACAGACAAGGCAGUAAUAGCAUCGUUCCCAACAGUAUCGAUGGUACAGUAAACAGUGCAAAAACUGAACGUAUAGCUGUCAAAGGAACUUCAGUGAAAAACAACCCAGAUAUCAAAGCAUCAACUGAUUCUAAUGCCAUUUUGCUUUCCUCUUUGGCAACUAAUGCUUCUAAUCAUAAUAGUUGUAUGGUGGAUAUCUUAAGGAAAAAUGAAGGUCCUCACACUUCAGCAAAUGUAGGUGUUCUAAGUAGUUGCCUGGACUUAAGAACAGUAAUCCCUGAAACUUCUGUAUCCAGUACUGUUUCCAGCUCACAAACUAUGGUAACCCAGCAGAGCAUUAAAACUGAAUCAUCCAGUACAAAUGGGGCAGUUGUUAAAGAUGAAACUUCACUAACAACAUUCAGUACCAAAUCUGAAGUUGAUGAAACAUGUGCACUGCCUGCAACUAAGAUCAGCCGUGUGGAGACCCACGCUGCGGCAACAAUUCCGUUUUCUAAGGAGACUCCUUCAAAUCCAGUGGCCACAAUGAAAGCAGGAGAACAACAGUGGUGUGAUGUGGGAAUUUUUAAAAAUAACACAGCUUUGGUGAGCCAGUUUUAUUUGCUGCCAAAAGGGAAGCAAAGCAUCGCAAAGGUAGGAAAUGCAGAUGUGCCUGACUACAGUUUACUUAAGAAACAAGAUCUUGUUCCAGGCACAGGAUACAGAUUCAGGGUUGCUGCAAUCAAUGGUUGUGGAAUAGGCCCUUUCAGCAAAAUCAGUGAAUUUAAAACUUGUAUUCCUGGUUUUCCUGGAGCUCCUUCUGCAGUCAGAAUUUCAAAGAAUGUUGAAGGUAUCCACCUUUCCUGGGAACCUCCAACUUCACCUUCUGGAAAUAUUUUGGAAUAUUCAGCCUACUUGGCUAUCCGUACAGCACAGAUACAAGAUAAUCCAAGCCAACUUGUAUUUAUGAGGAUUUAUUGUGGUCUUAAGACAUCAUGUAUAGUAACUUCUGGGCAGCUUGCAAAUGCACAUAUUGAUUACACAUCCAGGCCUGCCAUUGUGUUCAGGAUAUCAGCAAAGAAUGAAAAGGGAUAUGGACCAGCUACCCAAGUUCGAUGGCUUCAAGGUAACAGUAAGAAAGCACCUUUAAGUUGAAUUGGUUUUUUACCAAAGCUGUUGUAAUGAUGAUUAUUUAUUAGUAACUGGUUAUGAAGAUCUGUCAUUCAAAACAGUUUUCUCUGAUUGUAUUUCUAGCAGUUAUGAAUUUGAGUUUGUCAGUUGUUCUUAAAAUGUAUUUGCUCAAUUCUAGAUCCAAAUAAAAAUAGAAAAGAAGCAAAGACUCUCUGAAAAUUAGUGUGUAUAUAUAUAUAUACACACACACGCACACAUAUAUAUGUAUAUAUAUUAGUAUAUAUAAAGCCAGAAAGCUUUAUUACCCCCAAUAUCUUUUAUAAAGGCCAUGUAACUCAGUCAUCCUAGAGUUAUUGAGAUGAUUCUAGUAAUUGGCUAUUGUACAUUAUGCUCUUCUAUAGUAAAUGUUCUCUACAUUGUAAAUACCCUGUCUUUAAGGACUCUAACUUUAUUCUGUAUGAGCAGUGGUCCUCUAACAACUGUCUUCUAUCAGAUAAUACUUAUGAUACUAAUUUUAGGAGCCAUUUGAUUCUUUUUGUUUGUUUAUUUACAGUUAGCACGAAGCUUAAGAAAUUAAAAAAAAAUUCAGAAACUCCUUUUGAAUUUUUAUUAUUUUCUAAGGAUCAUGAUAAAAUACAAAAAGAAUAACGGAUUUUCUCGAUUUUUAUCAGGUCAAUAUAGAUAAUAUAUUUUUGACCAAAGCACUUCACUUCCCUGGCCCUCAGUUUCCUCAUUAGUAAACGAGGCAGUUAAAAGAGUUUACCUUUAAGGUCCCUUUCAGCACUAAAAUACUGUAUUUUCAUGAAAAGUGAAGUACAGUCUGAACGUUUCAACAUCUAAAUCAUUCUAACUUUGCUUUCACUGAAAUUAAAACUUUCAUAAUUUAAAAUUCAAAAUUAAAGUCUAUGUCCUAUUGCAGAAAGAAGCACCUUAACAGGACACAAGUUUUGAAAUAGUGUUUUAAACAUUUGUAAGAUUUUGUAAAUGCUCCAAAUGUUUUAUUUUUGCAUUGUUUUUAUCUUGAAAUUGUAUGAACUUUUUUACAACUGAAUAUAAGCAUUAGACAGCUUACUCAGGUUCCAUUACAACCUUAAAGAUACGGAUAGGUAUUAUGAACACUCUGCUAGUGGUAACGUGUUUUAAACCUUUAGGAAUUUCACAGUUUCACUCCCUGUUCAAAUCUGGAAUGAAUAUACAAGAGCAAUAAUUGCAGAAACGAUAGUUCAGACUGAGAGCUGCAGUAGCUGCAGGGGCACAGGUCUAUCCUUUAAUGCCACAUCACCUUACGCCAGUUUUGGUUGACUGAGUAGCUGUGUCUUCAAACUUCAUGUAUAAUACUCUCAGUAAAGAUGGAUUUAAUUGUACAGGACUGAUAUAUAUGUGUGUUCCAGUUACUAAUUUAAAAUGUAUAGAAUAUUUUAAUAUAUAAUUUUUGUAAAGAACUGGGAUUUUUAUACUACAGUAUUUGUAAUUAAUGUGUCUUACUAAGUUUCUCUUGAAGAAAAUAUGCAAACUGUUAGACACACACAGAGUGGAUUCUGAACUCUAAAGGUAAAAUAAAUGCACUACUAUGAUGUUGGUAGAAUACCUUUUCUUGUGGCUGUAUGAAUCCUUAAAUAUGUACUUUACAAACAAUGUUUACAAGGAGCUUCUCCCAUUUGUUAUUCCAGCAAAUCCCUUGGUGAGAGCUUCAUUCUGCAUUUGCUUAACUCAUAUGCUUUGCUUUUGGCAUAUGCUUGCUUUUUGCACUAGUAGAAUUUUAACUUACCUCGUUAUUAUGUUUGUAAUCAUUUGUAUAGCUUCCAUAAUGUGUCUGAUAUAGGCUAAACAAAUACUUAACCAAAGUUAAAGUUAAAAUAAAUGGUAAGCAAUUUUGCACAUAUUAAAUGCUAGGGUUUGUCGUGUGUAUUUGUAUGUUUAGUUAAAAAAAAAAAAGAAUGAGAA